GUCUGGCGAAGUUAAAGGGGCUGUCAUCGGUAUCGACUUGGGUACCACAAAUUCUUGCGUUGCGGUAAUGGAAGGUAAGCAAGCAAAGGUAAUUGAAAAUUCAGAAGGAGCCCGAACUACGCCGUCUCAUGUUGCUUUUACCAAAGACGGUGAGCGUUUGGUUGGUAUGCCAGCAAAACGCCAAGCAGUAACAAAUUCGGCGAAUACGUUUUAUGCGACCAAACGCUUGAUCGGCCGUCGGUUUGAUGAUCCUGAAGUUAAGAAGGACUUGAAAAAUUUGUCAUACAAAGUAGUGAAGGCGUCAAAUGGUGACGCUUGGGUUUCAUCUACCGAUGGCAAAGUAUAUUCUCCUUCUCAAGUUGGCGCUUUUAUUUUGAUGAAAAUGAAGGAAACAGCCGAGGCGUAUCUCAAUACACCUGUGAAAAAUGCCGUUGUCACUGUCCCAGCCUACUUCAAUGACUCACAGCGCCAAGCCACAAAAGAUGCCGGUCAAAUUGCUGGAUUAAAUGUGUUGCGUGUCAUCAAUGAACCAACUGCUGCUGCACUGGCUUAUGGGAUGGAUAAGACCGAUGACAAAAUCAUUGCCGUAUACGAUUUGGGUGGUGGAACUUUUGAUAUAUCUAUUCUGGAAAUCCAGAAGGGAGUGUUUGAAGUAAAAUCCACCAAUGGAGACACUCUGCUUGGUGGCGAAGAUUUCGAUAAUACCAUUGUCAACUUCCUGGUGUCUGAGUUUAAGAAAGAUACCGGAAUCGAUAUUACUAAGGACAACAUUGCAAUGCAGCGCUUAAAGGAAGCAGCUGAGAAAGCCAAGUGUGAGUUGUCCUCAUCACAGCAAACAGAUAUCAAUUUGCCGUACUUGACCAUGGAUGCUUCUGGACCACAACAUAUGAAUCUGAAAAUGACACGUUCUAAGCUCGAAAGUCUUGUCGGAGAUUUAAUUAAGCGUACAAUUCAACCAUGCCAGAAGGCCUUGUCAGAUGCCGAAGUUUCUAAAGCGGAGAUCGGCGAGGUUUUGCUGGUCGGUGGCAUGACAAGAAUGCCAAAGGUUCAGCAGACAGUACAGGAACUGUUCGGCCGACAGCCCUCACGCGCCGUAAAUCCCGAUGAAGCUGUUGCCGUCGGUGCUGCUGUACAAGGUGGCGUGCUCGCUGGAGAUGUCACUGAUGUUUUGCUACUUGAUGUGACACCAUUGUCUCUGGGUAUCGAAACAUUGGGUGGUGUAUUUACGCGACUUAUUUCCCGCAAUACUACCAUUCCCACAAAAAAGUCACAAGUAUUUUCGACCGCCGCUGAUGGCCAAACACAAGUGGAAAUUAAAGUACACCAAGGCGAACGUGAGAUGGCUGCUGAUAACAAAUUGCUCGGUGCCUUCACAUUGGUGGGAAUUCCCCCAGCACCCCGUGGCGUUCCACAAAUCGAAGUGGUGUUUGAUAUUGACGCAAACGGCAUUGUCCAUGUAUCUGCUAAAGACAAAGGCACCGGCAAGGAGCAACAAAUCGUUAUUCAAUCAAGCGGCGGCUUAAGCAAGGAUGAAAUUGAAAACAUGGUAAAGAAAGCCGAAGAGUACGCUGCUAGUGACAAAAAGAAACGUGAGUUAAUUGAAUUGGUUAAUCAAGGCGAAAGCAUUGUGCAUGAUACCGAAACCAAAAUGGAAGAAUUCAAGAGCCAAUUGCCUGCUGAAGAAUGCGAAAAACUGAAGAAGGAAAUUGCUGACUUGCGUACACUUUUGGCCAACAAGGAAACUGCGGAGCCUGAGGAUGUCAGAAAAGCCACCAGCCAACUACAACAAUCAUCGCUGAAGCUCUUUGAGAUGGCAUACAAAAAGAUGUCAGCGGAACGCGAAAGUGGCGCUGCUGGAAGCAGCAGUUCGGAGCAAACUACCUCUGAAGAACAGAAAGAAGGAAAGAACUAGAGUGUCUGCUUUAAUUGAUGAUUGGUGUGUGAAAUGUAUCGAUGAAUUAAUAUUGUUAUCGUCGGAUCCUAUCAAAUUUCUCUGUACGUUCGAAAUAAUCGACAGAGUAAAA